AUGGCAGGUCUUGAUGCGCGGUUGGCGAAAUACCCAGGAAGUCCGGGAUUCAAAGUGUUUGUGGCGGUCAGCACCAUCUUGGUGGUGACGGGCUAUCCAAUCUACAGGAGCACAGUGGGUGGCAAACAAGGAGAGCACUACUUCAGUCAGGAACGCCCCGAGCAAAUUGUAAAAGCGCAAGAGCGAUCCAAGAGGGAGUACAGAGAAAAGCGCAAGGCUUGGCUCGAGGAACAAAAGAAACUAGAGCAACAGCAACAAGGAAGAUAG